GGCGGUGUAAAUAAACAAUGCAGUUUGUUUGGCCGAAGAGGGUCUGACUGAAACAUUCUGCUGUCAUCGAGGCGCAGGACUGAAAUCUGCUUCAAGCCGAAUAGAGAUUUUAUUACUUUUGGAGUGGAGUGAGUCGGUUCCUCCAAGCCAUGCACUGCAGCUGUGUAUGGAGCUCCAAGGCUCUGUCCCCUGCCCUGCUCCCUAGGCUGCUGUCCCAUGCAGGAUGCUGGGCUCCGGGGACCAGGCCUAGGGGUAUCUGGAGCUCCCCUCGGAGACUGGCCUCUGCUGUAGAGACCACGCAGCCCAUCCCCCUGCCCAGCCAGGCCCGGGUGGUGAUCUGUGGAGGGGGCAUCGUUGGGACGUCUGUGGCCUAUCACCUGGCCAAGCUGGGCUGGACUGAGAUAGUACUAUUGGAGCAGGGAAGGCUAGGUGCUGGCACCACCAGGCUGUGUGCUGGGAUCGUCAGCGUGGCCAAGCCCAUCUCUAUUGAGUGUAAAAUGGCUGACUACUCCAACUCCCUGUAUGAACACCUGGAGGAGGAGACUGGGGUCAAGACAGGUUACGUGAAAACAGGCUCUCUAUGUCUGGCCCAGAAUCAGGACCGUUUCCUCUCCCUGAAGCGCCUGGCAUCCAGGCUGAAUGUGAUGGGGAUCCCCUGUAACGUGAUCAAACCCAAAGAGGUGUCCAAGCUCCACCCCCUGGUGAAUAUUCAUGACCUGGUGGGGGCGCUCCACCUGCCGGGGGAUGCCGUGGUGUCACCGCCUGACGUCAACCACGCCCUCGCCACAGCAGCAGCCGGACACGGAGUCCAGAUCCACGAGCGCACCACAGUUAACCAUGUUCUGAUGGAGAAGGGACAUGUGACAGCGGUGGAGACGGACAGAGGAGCCAUCGAGUGUGAAUACUUUGUCAACUGUGCAGGACAGUGGGCGUAUGAGCUGGGCCAGGCCAGUGAGACCAAGGUGUCUGUUCCUCUGCAUGGAUGUGAACACUUCUACCUGCUCUCCAAACCUCUACCAGAGCCUCUACAGCCCAGCACCCCAGUGGUGAUCGAUAUGGACGGGAGGAUCUAUGUGAGAGCAUGGCAGGGAGGGGUCCUGUCUGGAGGAUUUGAGAAGAACCCUAAACCCAUCUUCACCGAGGGACUGUGUUGUAACCAGCUGUGUUCAGACCAUGCAGGAGGACUGGGACCAUUGGGAAUCAAACCCAUGAUGUUGAGGCACACCUUACCAAUUUGA